CUCAAGCUUUAUCGAGGCAGUUGCGGCAUAAGCUAUAUUUUGUGUCAUAGUCAUGAAAAGCUGCUUUUGUCAAAAAAGAAACAUAACAUUACCACCACCAACAAAUAAAUCGACAUUGCAUGUACGUUCACCAAGAUUUGGGACAACUUUGUGCUUAAGAAAUCCACAAUGCCUGAGGUGCGUGACUUAAAUGAUGCCCUGCCAGAGCUGUCUAUGGAUCCUAUAACGGGUGUAGGUGUUGUUGCCUCAAGAAAUAGAGCACCAACAGGCUAUGAUGUGGUAGCACAGACAACAGAUGGAAUGGAUGCUGACUUGUGGAAGGACGGAUUGUUUAAAUCUAAGGUUACACGCUACCUUUGCUUCACUAGGGUCUUCUCCAAGGAAAAUAGUCAUUUAGGAAACGUGCUUGUGGACAUGAAGCUGAUUGACAUUAAAGAUACUCUGCCUGUGGGAUUUAUUCCAAUCCAGGAAACAGUGGAUACACAGGAGCCUGCAUUCAGAAAAAGGAGACUGUGUAUUAAGUUUAUUCCAAGGGACUCCACUGAGGCUGCUAUUUGUGACAUCCGCAUCUUGGGGCGCUCCAAACAAGCCCCACCGCAGUAUACUUUCAUUGGAGAGUUAAACAGCAUGGGAAUUUGGUAUCGCAUGGGAAAGGUGCCUAGAACCCAGGACUUGUCUCCCAUACAGAUUAAUUCUUCCACCACAACCAACACAAACACCACUACCAGCAUUCAAACGAUCACCAAUAACUCUUCUCAAGUGCCUGUUAUGCCCAAACACUUAUCUAUGACCCUGCCGGCCAGUUUUAGAAAGAGUACCACUCGGCCUGACUACGAACUCCAGAACUCUAACCUGUAUGCCAUCUCAGCUAUGGAUGGUGUGCCUUUCAUGAUCUCUGAGAAGUUUGCAUGCACUUCUAAGGAUUUACAACAGGUGGACCUGAUGGGCAUAAGGAUCAAAUCUUUAGAAGAGAUAGAAAAAGAGGUUCAUCAGAUCAAAUCUCAAUCAGAUUGCAUUCAAUCAAACUACAUCCCAAUCUAGUCAUAUCCAAUUACAUUCUGCUUCCUCUACUGUUGCAGACCUCCAUUCCUGACCAAGGAGAGCUGUGACUAAUGCAUACCCCUCCGACACAUGGAUAUAUGGUUCAGUCUCGUGUACUGAUGUUUAUUAACGCCCGUCUUUGGGCAGGCGCCUUUAAUCAGCCAGCAGAGGUCAUAUGAGAAAUCCUCUCUGGCAUUCCCAGCCUUGGACGAGCCAAUCAUUGUCCAUAUAGGUGCCCAGCCUGCCAGUAGCAGAGCUAAGGUUUGAAUUUGCAAGCUUGCAAUGUUAGGUUAAAAGAUUUGUUUUUAAAUUAUCUAGUUCUUUAUUGCUGUUUCUGUGUGCUGUUUUUUAUUAUUUAGUUAAUAAAUUUAUUUUUAAUUAAUGUUUUUUGCAAAAAUCUAGAUACUGUAUAUACAUAAUGUAGCUAUAAAUGUAUACAGCUCUUUUAACUAGUAAAUUCAGUUAUUUUAGCCUCCUUUAUUGCCUACAGAUGCAAAAAAAAAUCAUACAGCCAUAAAAUAUCCAUAAACAUCGUCAGCAGAAAGUCUUUUAUUGGAGAGCUUAGUAACUUCAGAAACAGGCCUCACUGCGUAACGUUGCACACUUUGUCUCACUUUGCUUUGCUGGAUCUAUCAAGUAAAUCUAACUCCAUAUGUAUUGCCAUAGUUUUGGUUGUAAUUUUUGCAUAUUGAGGCCCCAUGUUUAAUCCUCGACAUCUCCAGUACAUUUAGGGACAAUGGUAGCCCAGUGAGUAGCACUUUGUGCUUGCAAUUGGAAAAUUGUGGGUUCAAAUGCUGACUUUGCCAUACAGCCAUUGUUGUGCUUCAUAGGUUUCAUUUUUCUUUUUUUUCUUUUUUUCUUUUUUUCUUGUAAUUUUCUUUUUAUUGGGAAGUCUUUUUUUUUUUUUUUAAAGAAAAGCAAGUACAGAAUUCACUUGUAACAAAUCCAGUGUCACAAUUAAUGUUUUAAAUAUUGUAAACCAAGAUUACAAUUUCUGUUAUAAACAAAAUACACACAGUUGGGGUAAAUUGAAAUAAAAAACUAAUACACCAGAAUUGUCAACUUUCUCUUGUGAUUAA